AUGUUCGAUGCUUGGAUUAUUGCUACUGUUGCAUGCUUUGUACUCAUUAUUGAGGAAUGCCGUGCAGAGGUGAAAAAUAAAACUGGAGAAGGACAUUACUGGGGACCACCAUCGGCACCACACAACUGGCUAUCCUCAUCAGCAUUUGUUCCACCACCAAUUGUAGCAUCACAACAAGGAAUGGCUCGUCCACAAGUUAUGUCACCUCCACAGAGUAUAUCUUCUUCACAAGGUCUUGCUUCAUCACACGGAUGGGCUCCACUAAUUCCAUCACAAGCUUGGCUACCACCGCAAAAUUGGAUAGAAAUACCAUCUGGGACACCAACACAGCAUUGGAUUUCGCCGAGACAACUUCAUUCCAUUUCCCCUUCAGCAUCUUGGAGUUUCUCAGAUGAUAAUAACGUGUGCACAUUGGAUGCAUCAAUACUGAUUGUGCUGGACAGUCCUACUCAAACGGCUCUACAAGAUCAAGUUCAGGCGCAACAGUCACCCUAUGGGGAUCGAUCAUCAAAAGCAGUGAGAAUGGCAUGCGCUGAUAUUGCAACUACUUCCGAACAGUCAUGCAAAGCUUGCUGUAAGAUGGCUUGCAGACAAUAUGGAAUUAGCUCGGAUGCUAUAAACGGAUUUCUCAUAAAUCCUAAAGAAAUUUUGCGAACUAAUCCUUCAGCUGAUCAAGUGGCGUCAUUUCCUCGAGUUAAACGGCAAAUUUCAAAGCAACUUCCAUCAUUAAACUCGCAAUCGACUUCACAGAUGUCUUGCAUGUGUUGUGGACCUCGAAGUUCGCCUAUGCCAUGGCACAACUUUGUGGCUAAUCCAUAUUCUACACAGCUGCAACCAAUCGUAAACAUUGGCUGGCCAAACAAUGCUUAA